CCCACCACCCACCAGUGCCAUCUCUAAUGGCCGUUGUUGUUGAGAAAAUAAACAAAAUGCUUGUUGAUAUUUUGUGGCAGCCAAUGAAGCAAACAACUGUCUGUCCGUCCGUUCGUUUGUCUUUUGUGUGUGUGUGUGUGCGUGUGUGUGUGUGUGUCCAUAGCAUCCGUUGGCCUGCAGCGGAAUCGGACAAAAUCAACAAUACAGGACUCACAACCGACAAGAGAAGGAGACACACAACAGACAGAGACACAGCACGUGCAACGGAGCCUUCUAUCUCUCCCUCUCUGUCUCUAUCUCUGUUUCUGGGAAACAAAAGCAGCUUCCAUCUGCCGCAUAAUUGCAAACAAAAACUGAACGGAACUCAACGGAAAAUAUGUAUGCCAAUGCCAAUGCGAACCCGAAUCCGAGCCCGAGACCGAGACCGAGACCGAGACCGAACCUCGACUGCAACUCGAAUUGGAACUGUGCAAAGUGUUAUCACAUUUCACUUGGAGCCCGGCUCCACUCCAGACCCAACGACCCACCCAUCAUCAUCGCCUCGCCUCACCUCAUCAAACUUCGGAUGGCAGAGCGGUGGAAAGCGUGCCACUGGAGUCCCCAACGAAGUAACAGUCAAAUGAGAAAUGUCAACCGACCAGGUCGGCGCUCAGGUUGCAAUCCAGAGGAUGCGACCCCAUAGGCAUGGGCUCCACCGAAAGAGGGACACUGAUUGGGAGGCUGAGCUGUAAUUUGUUGCUCCGCCAGUCGUCACUGAUGGAAACGUGAGCCUAUGAAUGGAUUUAGGAACCAGGUCGGAACCGCUUUUUAAAGCACACAAAUGGAAGAUCAAUAGAUCGAUAGAUUGGACCUAGUGGCAGAUGGAUGAUGGAUUGAUCAAUGCCGAUUGUAGGAACCCCUGUUCUGUAAUCGUUCAACAAUGUCGUAACAUGUGAUACGUCCAUUUUCGAUGGAUACUAUUAGUAGUCCACGUUCCACAUCGAAAACCCUCCAAUAAAUCCAUUUAUCCCCAUGUAUUUGGCAGAAUAGGUUGACGUCUUGCCUCUGGUUCCGUGCUGCUGCUCCCCCGUGUUCCGAAACCAAUUCCCACCGUUGUUGGCGACAGAUUUUAGCCGCUUGUUAGUGGCCGGCGCAGUGGCUUCAUAAAUACACACUCUGUCGGGGCCGGGAGUGGGGUUAGCUGGGGCUCAAUCUAUCGGGAGCCUUAUCACACGCUGCGCUACACCUUCGAACCCCACUCUCGAUGGGUAUUUUUCUGCAGGUUUUCCUUCGGUGCGGGUAUCCGGGUGUGUGUUUUGUCCGCAACAAAGCAACGUUUACAGCAUCAACCGCAUGAAGGUACACAGCCAGGGAGAGGGCUGGAGCUGUAGCUGGAGCUGGAGCGAGAUCCCAACCAUAUAAAUAAACAAAGCUCUGGUGUAGCUGCUCCUGCGUCCUGCGUCCUCCUCCUUACGCACUUUGUCGUGGAAUGAAACGAGAAGCAAACUGUCGAAACUGUCAGGAUGUCAAAUAAGCGACAGUGGGUAGGGAAUACGACUACAGACCGAGAAGAGAUGGGAGAUCGGAAAACAAAACAACAACAACCAGCAGCAGUACCAGGAGCAGGGGCAGCGGCAGUGGCUGGGGCCGAAGACCACCCUAGGCAUAUUUAUUGGAAAUCUGAAACCGCUCGAAUGUCCAUGUUCAACCCCGCUACACUACAAUCCACAAUCCACUUCAGGCCACCCACUUCCACCUCCCACACCCACACCCACAACCACUCCAUCCGCCUGUAUCCAUGUCCGGCAGAAGGCACAAAGAAUUUGUUACAUGAAAUUGUUAACGGGCUGGAGCUGGAGCUGAAGCUGAAGCCUUGACUCUGCGUUUGAUGCCUUUUGCUGAUAUAUGGCCAACCUUUGACAUCCUUUAAACGAGCAACAUGAUGCUCUAGAUUAUGGUCCCGGGACCCAGGCCGGGCCGGUCCAGGACAGAACAGGAGAUUGCCUGGGUGCCUGUCGCCUCGCCUCGCCUCGCCCCGCCUCUCUCUCUCUCGCAGGCUGCGUGUGUCUCUGGUUGUCUCACUUGGGCGAUACGUCAAUGUGACAGUUUGAUAAUUUAUUUUGUUCAAAUUUUGUUUUUCCUUCUGCGUGUUUUGUGUGUGUGGAAAAAGCGCUUAAAUAAGUUAUCAACGGGCUUGGGCCAUGUAAAUGGCAGCACGUAAAUGAAUGAAAUUAUUUUGCAACAAAUUAAGGCAAAUUUAUGCGUCAAGACGACAGGACAGGCCAGGACACUGGCAGGGCCAUGGCAAACAAACAAAAGCGAAAACGGAACGGAACGAAACGAAACGAAACCAACAAACAAACAAACAAUGAAACGAAAACGGAACGAGGCGAAUUCUCCUUCAGCGAAAUCUGAGCAAAGCUUUGUCCCGCAAAGUGCUGCAUGGGGGAAUCCCCAGCCUCCUUCAAAGUGGAGGCUAACUGGUGGUAGCACCACACACACACACACACACACACAAAGACAGCUCCAGCUACAGAUACAGAUACACUCGUAUAUUUUUUAUUUCUCUGUCUCUCGCCGAAUCAAAUGUCAAUAGAGAGUACAUUUCAUUCAGUCGGUUGAUGCCUUUUCCGCCUCCUCCAAACUCUGGCUCGUGGCCUUCCCGGCCAGAAACAUCCUCUGCCCUCCGCCUCCGCCCCCUCCUCCUGCCGGUGUCCCCCGUCCCGCAUUGUAGCUGUCACAGUGUUUGUUUGCGGAUUUGAAGCUUUUUCCUCUUUGCCAACGCGCUUUUUUCCACGCUGCCCUUUCAAGGAGUGGUCCGACGAUCAGAGGCCGAAAGUAGCCGAGAAGCUGGGAUCAAUAUAAGAGGGCAGAGAUAUAUCGCUUGGAAAUGGAGAAGUUUUCGGAACCCUGCUGUACCCAUGAUGGGAUAUAGAAAGAUAUUUCCAUUAGUUUUCCAUUUAAUAGAUUGUAGAUUGUAAAAGAAGUCAUGUCGGGAGCCUAUUCUUAUCUAUUUUGUUAAAUAACAGAUCGAAAACUGCUAGAUUUGUAAGAAUAAUCACAAGGACUAGCUUAAUUCCAACAGAAUAUUACAUAUUUUUGUUUGAUAGAUAAAGUACACUAUUCCAACAGGUUUCAGAUAAUCUUCUAGCAGCCAAGCAGUCUAUAUAUUCCCUUCAUUGAAAUCAUUUAUUGCUUGAAAUCUGAAAGAGCCCUUUGAAUACUUAAUCUCAAACCCAGAGCAUCUCGUAUUCGUUGACUUUGGCUGGAAUCCCUAAUCUGCUUUCUGGUUCUGAUUCUGGUUUUAUUUCCGGGGCAUCUCCUUGAUGCUCCUCCACCCUCCAUCGCCACCAUCACUGCUGGCCGAGCUGCUCCUGCUUUGGUUUUUAUUUGCACGGAAAUGUAUAAUUUUUCCGAGUCAAAUGUAAAUACUUUUAGCGUAUUUUAGUAUUUUUGUGGGUUUCAUUGGGUGUCGUGGCGGGGCUCUCUCUGUCUCUCUCUCUCGCCCCACUGGUAUGUUGGGAAGGGGGCGUGGCGCAUGCAAAUGACACGCCUGAUGCUGCGUAAAUAAUUUUAGCGCUCUCCGCUGGCAUGAAAUGCAAAAUAAACAUUUUAUUUCAAUGUAGCCUUGCCUUUCCUUUGACCGCGCCAAGAGAUGCCGAUGCCGAUGCCAGUGCCGUCUUUGAAUGUGGGUCAAAUGGUGGCCAAAAAGCGAACUGUUAUCCAAGCCAAGUGCCAAAAUACAGUUUAAUUAUACAUAUACUCGUGCAAUAUGCAGCAGUACAUAGUGUGCAUAUAGUUUGCCUGUAUAUAGGAGUAAAAUGGCGCGAUUUGGUUGCGGUUACCAUUUUGCGGUUGCCGAAAUGUCACGUUUCAACAGCUCAAUUUCGGGUUUUGAAGAAAACUUUCGAGUCCAAUCCAAUUAAAUGCCGAAUAUACAUAUCUGUAAGCCAGAAUCUCGAUUGUCGAUUGGACAAUUUAUGCUGGGGCGCUGUUGGAACGCCGGCCGCAUAUUUAUUUGCAUCGUUCCAUCGCUCCAUCGCUCCGUCGCUCCAUGGAAUCGGCGGCUAGACAAUGAUGCCUGCGGCCCAAUAAAUAACACUCUUCUGACACAAUCGAAAUUGGCUGGCAAGCAAAUUCCUUGGGGCCCUCCCUUGUCGAUGUCAGCUGCGGGGCAAAGGUCAGACGUUUAACCCGCGUUUCGGCGUGCAAAUCAUGCCCCAAAAACGAAGCUUGACAUCAAAUUAUGAAACCCC